CUAAUCUAGGCCUCGCCCUUCACGUGUGAGGCAUAUCGAGCCAGGAGCGGCUUGCUCACUUUCACCGCAAUGAUCGACAGCGGCUGCGGUGAAGGAAGGUCCAAGGGAGCAGGGUGUGUCGUCAUCCGAACCUGAACCUCGGCCUCUAGGACCUCGGGAGAGGUCAGCCAUGCAUGCGACAGCGCUAUCGCGUUGCGGGCACCAUGAACGUCCCCUGCCCGCUUUUUCUAACAUCUGAUGCUGCUAUCUCCAACCUUUAGAUUACUGCUGUCAUGAUGAGAUAGUCCGACUUAAUCACUGACUCCACACCACACCCUCCGUCCGUCACACACUUCGCAGUCGCAACACUCAGCCAAGCCUUAGCAACUGUACUCGACCACCACCAUGGCCGGUCAGUCAAAGGUAGAAACUCUGCCACCAUGGGGUAAUGCUGUCGCAGGCGCCGCUGGUGCCGUCAUCGCAAACACCCUUGUCUAUCCCCUAGAUUUGAUCAAGACGCGACUACAGGUGCAGAUUAAGCGCUCGCCUACGUCCAACGACCCCAAUCCCGCCGACCACGAACACUACGAUGGCGCCCUCGACGCGUUACAGAAAGUCUUUGCGCAGGAGGGUCUCUCUGGACUAUAUGCUGGCAUAGGAGGCUCUCUGCUCGGCGUAGCAUCGACCAACUUCGCCUAUUUCUACUGGUAUACCGUUGUACGCAGCCUCUACAUGGCGAACCGCACGCUUCAAACAUCACCAAGCACACCGGUCGAACUCUCCCUUGGAGCGCUUGCGGGAGCGCUCGCCCAGCUUUUCACAAUCCCCGUCGCAGUCGUAACGACGAGGCAACAGACUAUGAGCAAGGCGGAGCGCAAGGGUAUGAUCGCUACGGCUAUGGACGUGGUCAACGGCGAUGACGGCUGGACGGGGCUUUGGCGAGGACUUAGGGCGAGUCUGGUGCUCGUCAUCAACCCAUCAAUCACAUACGGAGCCUACCAGCGAUUACGGGAAGUUAUGUACCCAGGAAAGAAGACGCUGAAGCCCCUCGAGGCGUUCCUCAUCGGAGCCAUGUCCAAGACGCUUGCCACAAUCGCAACCCAGCCGCUCAUCGUCGCGAAAGUCGGUCUUCAAUCGAAGCCUCCACCAGCCAGGAACGGAAAGCCUUUCAAAUCCUUCACCGAAGUCAUGCAAUACAUCAUACAACACGAAGGCCCAGCGGCGCUAUUCAAGGGCAUCGGACCCCAGAUCCUCAAGGGCCUGCUUGUCCAGGGUUUCCUCAUGAUGACCAAAGAGCGCAUCGAGCUUUCCUUCAUCCUGCUCUUCCGAUACUUCCGCCAAGUACGCGCCGAGAAACUCCAGAAGCUAGCGAACAUUGCCGCAGAAAAGGCCGGCAAGGCAGCCCCGAUACUGGUCAAGUAGUCUUUGGCUUGCUGGCAUAUCCUUACCUUCAUCUCAAGUGUAUAUAUUCGACUUUAUACUUGGUUGCGGAGACGGAUUGGCCGAGCGUUGUAUUGAUUCGAUUCCGGCGUUGGGCAUUGAUUGUUACCGCGGUUAUACGCAUAGUCUGUCUUGUAAGCAUUC